AUGUUACGUAGACUCGGUGUUAGGGGGUUCCGAACUGGUUGUCGCCUUUCAAACUAUUCUAACGUUCGAUUGACGUUGUUUUCGAAGAACAAUUGUGGUCUUUGUCAUAAAGCUGAUAAUGUGGUCAAACAAGUUAUGAAAGGUAGCGGGUAUGAUGAGCUAAGUUAUCAUAUUGUCGACAUCGACGAACCAGGAAAUAAGAAGUGGUGGGAGCUCUAUUGCAUGGACGUACCCGUGUUACAUGUGGAAAAUACAUUAAAGCCAGAUUCGCUCGUUAAGAUCUUCCAUCGUCUUGAUGAACUAGAUGUCAAAGAGAAGAUUAAUGCUGCAAAAUGA